AUGAGGUCCUCAAGCCAUGGCGCACCGCUUGUCGACGCAAGCCAAUCUCUUAUGUUCAAUCAGUGCCAUAUAACACAGGUGGAUGGACGACCUGUAACGUUGCGGAAAGGUUUCAAGAUUCUCUGCGCUAACGUCGACGAGACUCUUCUCCACGACUCCAUCGAUCGUGACGCAGAUGAAGUGGCCAUCCAGAAUUCAAACGCGGAACGUCAAAUCAUUAACAAGGUUGUGGACUGGGCGGAAAACCCAGCUCACGUUGCUCAAGCCGCCGUGGUCUACAGUCCAGCUCCUCUUGGAGGAACUUCCCCUGCUGCCCGUUUGCUUUCAGAAUCAUGCCACAAGAAUGGGGUCCUCCCUUCGACCACCACUUCGGACAAGAAGGAGGACAACCAAAUUCGCCGGCACGUAGUUGCGACAAUCGCGUACCAAAUCGCGCUCGCGUUGCCCGCUGCUCGCCCCUUCAUCGAGGACGCAGUAGAGCAUGAUCCUGCGAUAUUUCGACGGUCCUUUCGACCUCAAAUCGAGCGGCUGAUUCAAGGGCCACUGAGGCAACCAGCCGAAACUCCAAUGGCACUUUUCCAGCCAUCUUCGUCCAUAAUCGUAAUGGAUGGGCUCGACCCAGCGAAAAGUUGGCACCAGCUGCUCCUCAAGCACCUUCACCAGCCCGAUCCCAGCCCGCUGGUCCUCCGACCAGUUGUGGUCUUGCACACCCUCGAGGCCGGCAAACACCCAUUAUUCCUUGACCCCUCGUACUCAUCACUGAGGCUGUUCAUACCUUCUCCCGAAGUCUCGUCAUACCCUCAGCAAAGUUAUUUCGGGACGAGUACAGUGAUGGUUUACUUUUUUUUCUUUACACCCUGA